AUAAACAUCAUGAAAUGUUCGUAUAGAUUAGAUUUUCACUUUGUGAAAUCGACGUCAUAUCGAGUUUUUUGAAAAACGAAAGAAAGUAGUGAGUGUCUGAAUUACCUUUAAAAUCCAGCGCACUAGAUAGUCCUGCACGAUGGAGUUCUAUGGUAGUUAAAGGUUAGGGAGGGAAUUCGGACACAACCUAAAUCCAUCAGUCAGUCUUUCUGACGUUUGACCUCAGACCACAUGCUUUCAUUGAGGCAUCUGAUUGGCCAGUUUGUAAAACGUGUAACUUGACUUCAUAGUAUUUAAAAAGAGGAUUCUCAAGAAAGUCAAUUUCUGAUCAAUAGUAUGAAUGAAAAACAGCUGUUUAUUUCUCUAUUGAAAUCUAUGGGAAUUCAGCCUCUUGGAACCAGAUGGUACUUCCUGCUUACAAAGCCAGGGGGGAGGAGUCACUCAGUCCAGUUCUCUUAUGCAGUCAAUGCUGAUGCUUGACAAAGUUGUCAUGCUUUUUAAUCCUUGAUAUUUUUUUUUCAUGGAACAGCUUUAAUAAUCUAAAUGCUCUGCUUUUGUCUCCGAACGUUCAAUUCUGACAUUGUUGCAGUGAUAAUGGAGUGUAACCCCAAAUAUAACAAAUACUUUAUGACACCACUGGCUGCUUAGUGUUGUCACAAUUAGGGAUGUCCCGAUCAGGUGUUUUUGGGCCCAAUCUGAUUCCGAGUCAUUUGAUUUCGAGUAUCUGCCGAGACCGAGUCCUGAUCCGACACAUUUGAUGAACAGAUUUAGGUUUUCCCUAUUUUUCAUUUCAUUAGCAUUAUUUUAUCAUUUAACACCUACAUUUCUGUGAAGUAGCUUAAACAAACAGGUAAAAAUAAGGAUUAUUGCUUAAUAUUUUUUAAGAUAAUGGAAUUCUAUUUAUUUAACUUCUUAAGAUCCAUUCAUGAUAUGCAAACUUCUAGUGGAGUAUUUCUCCAGAAUAAUAAGCUUGACAUAAAAAGUGCUCAUCCUAAUAAGAAUAAAUGAAAUAUCCGAUACCGAUCAAGACAUCAACCAUGUGAUGGGGCCUGAUUUUUUGAUCAUGUGAUCAUAUCUGGAGUUACAAUGAACCAUCAACAGAACUGUCAGAUUCUGACCCACUUGAACCCAAACCAUUUACAGAUGUUGCUUUCUGUAAAAAGAAUGGUUACAACUUCAAAGUUUUUGUCUCUCAAAGGAUUUCAGAAUCUCAUAAUAAUAACCGAGCCAACUCCUGUUUGACUAAAAAUGAGCUCAAGACAUCUUAAAAUCCAGAUUCCCAAAGAGUCUUCCAGGUUAUAACCUGAAACUGAUCCGACCAUAAAUUCCGCGAUCACCAGCUUCCCGCCUCUGAACUCCUGCUGUUGUUCCUGCGUCGUGCAGGUUCCAGUUACAUUGGUGGUAUGUAGGGCACUUCCAAGCACAUGUGGCUGUGUUGAUCAUGAUGACAUGACACGUCCGAGGGUGACGCUAGGUUCACACUGGACGCGGAAGCACCGCGAAAGGGCGUGGAGCGGAAUGCGCACGGCGUCCGCUCUCUCCUGCAAUUCACACCAGACGCGCAUUUUUCCACGACGGUCAACAGGUGCUUCUGCUAGAGCUUUAUUUUUGUUUUUGCCAUUAUUGGUAUAAUAACUUAAAAAUAUGUCCCCAUGUUUCCACACUUCUUCAAUGUAUUUGCUAUUGAGACACACAGAGAGAAGUGCGUGUGUUGUGCGUUCAUUUUCAUCUCUACAGUCUGUUUAGAUACAAAAACAUGACCACAUUUGUCAAUCGCGGUGUUUUAUUGUGAAAAAUUGUAAAAAAAUUUUAAUUGAAAAUGUUCUCAAAUCCCCAAUUUCCCUGAAAAUGCGUGUUUUAAAUGUGAAACCCUGAACCUCCCAGCCACUCCUUCCACUAUUUACCAAAGCCUCUCCCCUCUCUGGUUCCCAUUGGCUGGCUGCCUGACUGGGACCCCCCUCCCUCCCCAUGAGUGUGUCUCUCCGCCAGUGAAAGCCCAUAAAUAGGCUACCCACACUGGCAUGCGCUCCUACAUUUACAAGCAAAGCUCUGUGAUUGGCUCACAGGCGGAGCACUCUGGGAUGCGAACGUACUACUUCAGUGCGGACACUCAAGAGGACAUGAACACCUGGCUGAGGACCAUGAACCAGGCCACGCUGAUGCAGAACCACAUCAAUACGACCGUCAGACCUACUGAUGAGCUAGAGAAGGUACUGCAACAGGCCGUUCCACAGACAAACCACGUUAACCAUCACAAGACCAGGACGUCCCAGCCCGACAGCACACGGCCCAUCAUUCACGAGGUCCUCCUGGAGCCCGUGCACCGUGAUGCAGAGGAGCGCUGCAGUCUCCACAUGAGCUCUCCUGGGACCAACGUUUUUGAGCAGCCUGUCCCUGGAAACACUCUAGAAAUGGACACGCAGACUUCCCUUGGCUCCACCGCAGCAGCAGCUGCGCCCUCACAGUUUGAAAGCGUCUCGGUCUCGGCCCCCGUGUCCAGGGUGCCGUCCCGCGCUCCGUCACGGGCCACCUCCACCUUACCCUCCAGCGUCUGCACAAGGAACGGCCUCCUCUCUACGCCCAGCCCCAUCUUGGAGCCCAACGGCAUCGCGGCAGGGACGUACCAGAGGGCCCCGGACCCCCCAGCAAACGACACGAUCAAGCAGGUGCAGAGAAGGAGCGCUCUGGAGCAGGUGGAGCGCUGGGUCAAAGUUCAAAAGGCCGAGCACAGGGGCCCCCCAUCCAGAGAGAACACCCUCCCACGCCGCACACCGCCAACCCAGCACAAGUACACGACCACAGACGCUUACCAGACCCUGCCAAAAAACCUCCGCCAGAGUCCUCCCCCCGCCAGACUGGGCGAGUACAAAUAUGCCCAGGACCGCCUGAGCCAUUUCCGCCUGGGCCCAGACGUGGGGGGCCAAGGGUCUAAAACUGUCUGGCAGUUGUACGAGUGGCAGCAGCGCCAGCAGUUCCGUCACGGCAGCCCCACGGCGCCGCUUUACACUCCAGCGCCAGAGUAUCCCUUCGGUCCCCGACCCCCGUCGACCGUGCCUCCCUCCUCCUCGGCAGCCAGGUCGGAGGGGUCGCCGCGGUGUGUGUCUGUGCCGCCUUCUUCUGCAGAUAUCCCACCGCCAGGACCGCCACCCGGACUCAGCCGGACCCUGUCACCCAAUCGGAGGCCGCACACGCCCGCUGAGAGGGUGACCGUCAGGCCACUGGGGGAAAUGUCUCUGAUGGACGUCCCCUUCACUGUUUCACCUCGGAGGAGCAAAUCGCAGCUGUUCAAGGCUGCAACCAUGGAGAGACGCUCGAUGCCUCCAUCUGGCUACAUCACACACACCGUCAGCGCGCCCAGCCUUCAUGGAAAAACGCCCGAGGAGCUCACUCUGCUCCUCAUUCAGCUGCGGCGCCAUCAGGCUACGAUGGCCUCCGCUCGCCAGCAAACGUUAGCCCAGCUCCAGCGGCUCAAUGGUCCCGCAGAGUCCUACCUCCAAAACCACCUGUUGGCUGCCUCCACGGCUAGCUCCAGCCCCCUACCCAGCGCCGGCCCGUCUCCUGUGUCCCAGCAGGGACCCGUGAGCCUCUCAGCCCCACUUGGUUCUGGAAGCGCACAGGCAGAUGAUACCUACAUGCAGUUGAAGAAGGACUUGGAGUAUUUGGACCUAAAGAUCAGAGCUCUAGAGCCCCUGAUCCUGGCAGUUCACAGUUUACUACUGCACUGCACUGCUGGGCCUCUCAGGCCUCUAAUGAACGUAGCUGGGAAUCAGACCUCCAAGGAGGCGGGGAAACCUGUCAAGGUUGCAGAAAGUGAUGUGGAUGUGAAGUUGAGUCGGUUGUGUGAACAAGACAAGAUCCUCAAGGACCUGGAGGCCAGGAUCAGCUCCCUGAAAGACGACAAGGACAAGUUGGAGAGAGUGCUGGACGUGUCCCACCAGCAGAUGGAGCAGUACCAGGAGCAGCCCUCCCACGCCCAAAAGAUAGCCUACCAGCAGAGGCUGCUGCAGGAAGAUCUGGUGACCAUCAGAGCCCAGAUAUCGCGUCUGUCCACGGAAAUGUCUCUUGCAUGGGAAGAGUACUGCAGGCUGGAAAAAUCAGUGGAGCAGUUGAGAUUGGCACUGCAGGUGCACAUGAACAACAGAGCCACCCCUCAGCAAGAGAAAACGGAGAUGAAGAGGGAGCUGUGGAGGAUCGAGGACGUGAUGGCUGGACUCAGUUCCAGUAAAACCAACUAUAAGAUCACCAUCGACUCGGUUCAGAACCCAGAGAGAAAAAUAGUGCCUUCAGUGUCUGAGCCGGCGGUGCCUUCUCCCAGCGCUGAGGUCCUGCCUCCUCCUCGGAGCUCCAUUCCCAACGUCUACUCCCACACUUUGCCUCACAGCACCACCCCAAAAUGGGCAGAGGACGAAGCUCCGCCCAGGCCACCACUGCCCCGCCUCUACGAUUACGACGAGACACCCCCCGUGGUGCCGCCCCUUCCUAAGGAGGCUUCAGUCAUCCGCCACACAUCCGUGCGAGGACUCAAGCGACAGUCAGAUGAGAGGAAGAGGGACAGAGAGAGUGGGCAGUGCCUUUCCAAUGGAGAGCAGAAGGCGGAUUUGAGGUCGUACCUGAGCGAGCCAGAGCUGGGGGGAAUCAGCCACAACGCCGCAAGCUCAGACGGCGAGUACCAGUAUUACCCAAGCAAAGGCUCAUUAUCCGGUCUGAACCAGUCCAGCUCCAUCUCGUCCUAUGUCACCCUGAGGAGAGGUCCAGGGAGCUCUGCAGCUAAGGACAGACCAAAGAGUGCCUUUGAGCGUCUCUCGUCCCCCACGGAGGCCCAGCAGCCCCCCAGCAGCCAGCCUCGGGGCCGCAUGACGGCGGAGGAGCAGCUGGAGCGCAUGAAGCGCCACCAGAGGGCGCUGGUCCGCGAGCGCAAGCGACACCUCAGCCAAGGCGACCGGUCCUGCACAAGCCCCUCCUCCUCCGCUGCCCCCGCCCCUCGCUCCUCUUCCGCCACCAGGCCGCCCUCCAGCGCCGCCGAACCCGCCGCCUCCGCGUUCAGCUGGCAGGAAGAGCGAUCCGGAGCUGAAGGUCAGACCGGUCCAACUCUGAAUGAAGGGAGAGGACGAGGCACAGCCCAGUCAGAUGAGUGGGUGACAGUCAGAGCCACGUGCAUCCAAGAGGUGGACGUGGAGCCUCUAGACUAUGACCUGGACAUCAGCAGACAGCUCUCCAUGCCAGACAAAGUCUUCAUCCCGGAGCGGUACGUCGAGUCCGACCCAGAGGAGCCUCCCAGUCCAGAGGAGCUGCAGGAACGCUCUCGCCGGGCCGAGCGCAUCAAGAGCCUUCUGACAAAGUCCAGCUAUCAGAGCAUUCAGCCGUCUGCACCUCUGGACUGGACCGAGACGGAUUCAGCUCUGCAGCAGCAGGAGAGGAUCAUGAGCGUCUCCCACAUGCUGGCCUCCGAGGCCUCUCGCAAGAGCAAGCUGGUUGCAGCCAAAGCUGCUGCAGAACACUGAUCCUCAGGAGCUGAGAGACUUCAGCUGGAAGGAACGCCAGAGGACACGUCACGUUUAUGCAGUUUGAACACGUAUGUUGCUCUGCACAUGCAUAGCCCAACAAAGCAGUAACUGAUAACCAUUGGAUGCAUUUCUAAAUGCCAUCCCCACUGAUGUUUCAGUGAAAGUGCCUGCACAUGAAUGUCUAUUUAUUACAUUCUUUUUUCAAAGCUGUUUACUAAUGUUGAGAUCUCUGCCAAUCAACAUGUUCCAUGAAUGUUAAAGCUCUAACCUCAUGUCUUUUAAACUAAUGAGGAUUUUUCAGGAUUCUGCUUCACUGAAAUCUUUUUACUUCAGAAUCUUUCUCACAGAUUACCUGUUUACUCAACUGUUAAAAUCUGAGAGUAAUCUGAUUACUGUAUUACUUAGAUCUGUUGUGUUUACAUGCAAUUAGAAAAAAGUGGAGAUCCUAUUAUCAGAUCCAUUUAGAUCCCUUAACUGUGUGGCUUUAAACAACUUUUGUUUCACUGUGUGGAACUUGGCCACGCCCACAUUUCGAAUGCACCUGGCAAUAAGGUACAAGCCAUUUUUGCUCCGUGACGGAAAAGAGUUUUCAUACCAGAAUCUUCUUCCUCCUCACUGUGGACCUCUCAUGUUUUCACUGUCACUUUCUGUCAUUGUUUUGUUUUUUAAUAAACACCUGCUUACACCUG